AUGGCUGAAGCGUCACGGUGGCACCGAGGUGGGACUCCGAAACCUAACCUGCAUUACAGUAAGGAAGUAGAAAUUAGAACCACACUUCAGGAGUUGGCACUCUACUUUAUUUUUUUAAUAAACCUAUGUAUAUUGACUUUUGGGAUGGUAAACCCACAUAUGUAUUACUUAAACAAAGUUAUGUCAUCUCUAUUUUUGGACACUUCUGUGCCUGGUGAUGAAAGAACCAACUUUAAGUCUAUUCGCAGCAUAACUGAUUUUUGGAAGUUUAUGGAAGGACCCCUUUUGGAAGGUCUGUACUGGGACGCAUGGUACACUAAAAACACAUUGUAUGAUUUAAAGAACAGCAGUCGCAUCUACUAUGAGAACAUACUUUUAGGAGUCCCUAGAGUCCGUCAAGUAAAAGUCCGCAACAACACAUGCAAGGUCUAUUCAUCCCUUCAGUCUUUGAUGAAUGAAUGUUAUGACAGAUACACUUCUAAAAAUGAAGACCUGGCUGAUUUUGGCCUUAAAGCGGAAACUGAAUGGAAGUAUGCUACUCCUGAAAGUACCUUCCCUUGGCACUGGGGAUUUGUUGGUGUUUACCGAAAUGGAGGAUUUAUUUUCACUUUAUCAAAAUCAAAAUCUGAAACGAAACACAAGUUCAUUCACCUUCAACUGAACAGCUGGAUCACAAGAGGGACUAGAGUUAUUUUUAUUGAUUUUUCAUUAUAUAAUGCUAAUGUAAACCUGUUUUGCAUAAUCAGAAAAGUUUUGUGUUUUGUGACUGUUGCCUUCAACAUAUACUGUAAUAUACAAAUUUUUCUCUUACUUGGAGACCUGUUAAAAAAUACUGAAAAAUAUUCAGACUUCUAUUUUCUUGCAUACUGGCACACUUACUACAAUAAUAUACUUGCUGUCACCAUCUUUUUUGCAUGGAUAAAGAUAUUCAAAUUCAUAAGUUUUAAUAAGACAAUGUCUCAGCUGUCAUCAACCUUGUCCCGCUGUAUCAAAGACAUAGUAGGAUUUGCCAUCAUGUUUUUUAUAAUAUUCUUUGCUUAUGCUCAGUUAGGAUUUCUUGUUUUUGGAUCACAAGUUGACGACUUUUCCACUUUUCAAAAUGCCAUAUUUGCACAAUUUCGAAUUGUUCUUGGAGAUUUUAAUUUUGCUGGUAUUCAGCAAGCCAAUCGUAUCCUGGGACCCAUUUACUUCAUCACUUUCAUCUUUUUUGUGUUCUUUGUCCUGCUGAACAUGUUUUUGGCAAUUAUUAAUGAUACUUAUUCUGAAGUGAAAGCUGAUUAUUCAAUAGGCAGAAGGCCAGAUUUUGAACUUGGUAAAAUGAUUAAAAAGAGUUACAACAAUGCUCUCAAAAAACUCAGACUAAAGAAACCUGAAGAGGAUGAAGACAAAAAAAGUACGAAAAGCGGAGAUUUGGUUGAGCAAGCCAGAAGAGAAGGCUUUGAUGAAAAUGAGAUUCAAAGUGCAAAGCAGAUGAAAAAGUGGAAAGAGAGGCUUGAGAAAAAGUAUUAUUCUGCAGAAAUUCAAGAUGACUACCAGCCUGUCACUCAACAGGAAUUUCGAGAACUCUUUUUAUAUGCUGUGGAGCUGGAGAAAGAAUUACACUAUGUCAGUCUAAAACUAAACCGAGUGAUGAGAAAGAUUUCAACUCUACAACCUUGAAAGAAGUGCAGG